UUGUACAUUACGAGAAAAAUAACUUUAUCAAUGUUUUUUAAAUAUUCUGUAAAAUAUUAUAUUAUUUUAUAUUCUACUAUUUUAUAUUAUUAUUAUAUGUAUAUUAUUAUAUUAUAUUAUUAUACUAUAUUAUUACAUUAUAUAAUUAUUCUAUAUUAUAGAGUAACUUAUUAAUUAUACAACUUGCUAAAUUAUCAAUAUACAUCUUAGUUAAUUAGUUAGGUCUCAGAUCGGUCUCUUAGUAAUUAGUGUUCGAAAAUAAUCAGAGACAUCUGGUGAGCAGGCUGGGACGUAACACCUCCCAACCCGGUAGACAAGCGUCCCGCUUGUUUUGGGCCUUAGCUCUUGUUGAAAAUGUAGUUUUAUUUUCUUUAUUGUUUCAUAUCUAUGAAUCUGUUUUAUCCAUCUCUGAGUCCUAGGAAUCUAUGUACCGACCUGGGACCUAUGACUCGACAUCUGCCUCGUAGUGGCACCAUUAAAAAAAAAUCCAUUUACUUUCUAAUCCGUUUGUUUGUAAACCGUGAUAAACAUUUUUAUGGGUUUUUGAUGACUAUGUUAUUUUAAAAUUUUUUCUUAAUCCUAUUUGUUUAAGGAUUGAGGGUGUGUUUUAGUGUCUAAGUGGGGUCUAGUGAAAAUUUCCGGGGGUCCUGUUAUAAAAGUUCGUGUCUGUGCAUAUUCGGUAUAUUUGAAAGAAAAAGUAGUGUACUGUUUGACGUUAUUUUCGUGGUUUAACUGCAGAUUUAAUAUGAUGCCCCAACUUCGAGUGAACUAUUGUGUGGAUCCGUUGUCCAUUUCUGAUAUCGGGUUAUGGCAUUUUUUCCUCGGCGUUCUGGUUUGGAUAACGUCGAUUUCCGGCUAUGGGCGACCCUGGAGGCUGAGUCGCAGGUCGAUGGAGGGACUGUAUCAGUUCUUUCAGCGGAUUUUUGACUUGUAUAAUUGUAUUUGUAUAGCGAAUGACCCCGAGUACCGUCCGGAUAUUAAAGGCAUGAUUUCGAUCGAUUCGAUUUACCGUCGUCGAAUGCAGCGGCGAGCCGAUCGUAACGAUUGGUUCCACCAGCGGCUUUUGCGACCAGCUGACGUCACAGAAGGUGACGAUUUCGACUUCCUCGGUAUCCGUUGGAUGCAUGAAGGCCGCUGGGGGGAGGACCACCCUGCUGCGGACUGGGCUCAUCCUGCGUGGACCAAUCUCCCGGGAUUGGAACAUUUCUACUCCCCCGAGUAGUAAUUCAAGUGUGGGGCCAGAGGCGAGCAAACAACGAAUACUUAAAUUGUAAUAAAAAACAACAAACGAGAAAAAAAAAAAAAUAACGUUUUUUUUUGUAAUUUAUGUAAUUUGAGAGAAAAAAAAAUUUGUUUGUUCUUUUAAAUAAA